AUGCCCCACGUGUGGUAAAACUUCCUAACGCAUGUGGAUUCUGCGUAGGAUAUGUGUUUACUGUAAUAAAUCCGUAUACUUGGAUAUUAUUCCAAAAUGCUGUUCGGAAAAGACGUGCCAUGGCGGCGACUGGAAGGCAUGUCAUUUGGCAUGUAUACUGCAAAAGAGAUCAGAAAGCUUAGCGUCAAGACCAUAACGAACUACAGGUUCCUGGAUGGUGUCGGGAAUGUGGCUCCCAACGGGCUAUACGACCUUUCUUUGGGUCCAUCGGACUCCAAGGAGGUGUGCUCCACCUGUAUGCAGGACUUUAACAACUGCCCCGGCCACCUAGGGCACAUCGAGCUACCCCUGCCUGUCUACAAUCCAUUCUUUUUCGAUAAACUCUACCUCCUGGUGCGGGGCUCCUGUCUGAACUGCCACAUGCUGUUGUGCCCUCGAGCUGCCAUCCACCUAUUGCUAAACCAGCUCAAGCUUCUGAAUGCUGGAGCUCUGCUGGAGGUCUAUGAGCUGGAGCCUGUCCUCAACCAGUUUCUCGAGGGUAAUGCUCAGGCCUCUGGUGCAGAGAUCCAGGAAACUCUGGAGAAAUAUUGUGAAGGAGUCCUCGCCAAGAAGGCUGGAGAUAACCAGCAUGACUUACCUAUCAAACACCUGUGUGAGAAGAGGAGCAGCCUGAUCACAGCCUUCUGGAGGGUCCACAUGAACUCCAGGAAGUGUCCUUACUGCAGGUGCGGGCGCUCUCAGGUGCGUCGAGAGCACAACAGCAAGCUCAUCAUUACCCUGCCAGCUUCCAUUCAGAAAAAUCUACCAGACACAGUCAUCGUUUCAGCUCCGGAGGACUCGAUGGCGGGCAAGCGAGGCUACCUAACCCCCAGCACCGCCAAGGACCACCUUGUCAAGGUGUGGGAGAAAGAAGGGUUCUUCCUGAAGUGUCUUUUCCCUGGGCUGGAGGAGAUCCAGGGCUCAAAGGAAGUUGUCUUCACAGACCUUUUCUUCCUGGACAUGUUAGUGGUUCCUCCCUGCAGAUACCGGCCAGUCAACCGUCUAGGAGACCAGCUGUUCACCAACGGCCAAACGGUCAACAUGCAGGCUGUGAUGAAGGACUGCGGGGUCAUCCAAAAGCUGCUGGCCAUGAUCGCUGGAGAGAAACUGCAGGUUGAGCAAGGAGAGGAAGGAGAGACCGAGCUCCCCGCCCCCCCACAGGUGGUAGCAGCAGACCCCUCCAAGAUCGACCAGGCCUUCCUGACAGCCAUCCAUGGCGCCACCCUGACAGACAAGCUGUACAACGUGUGGAUCAGGCUGCAGAGCCACGUCAACAUCGUGUUCGACAGCGACAUGGACAAGCUCAUUGCGGAGAAGUACCCCGGCAUACGACAGAUCCUUGAGAAGAAGGAUGGAUUGUUCCGGAAGCACAUGAUGGGUAAAAGAGUGGACUUCGCCGCUCGCUCUGUCAUUUGCCCGGACAUGUACAUCGGAACAAAUGAAAUUGGCAUCCCUAUGGUGUUUGCCACCAAGCUGACGUACCCGCAGCCGGUCACGCCGUGGAACGUGAAGGAGCUGCGUCAGGCGGUGCUGAACGGGCCCAACGUGCACCCCGGGGCCAUCAUGGUGAUCAACGAGGACGGCAGCAAGACAAUCCUGAGCAGCAGCAGCCUCACGCAGAGGGAGGCCAUCGCCAAGCAGCUGCUCACACCCUGCCCCGGGAGACACAAGAUGCCCAUGAAGAUAGUGAACCGGCACAUCAAGAACGGUGACGUGCUGCUGCUGAACCGCCAGCCCACCCUCCACCGGCCCUCCAUCCAGGCCCACUGCGCCCGCAUCCUGCCUGGGGAGAAGGUGCUGCGCCUCCACUACGCCAACUGCAAGGCCUACAACGCUGACUUCGACGGGGACGAGAUGAACGCCCACUUCCCUCAGAGCGAGCUGGCCAGGGCCGAGGCCUACACCCUGGUCAGCACCGACCAGCAGUACCUGGUCCCCAAGGACGGGAAGCCCUUGGCAGGGCUGAUCCAGGACCACAUGGUGUCAGGCACCAGGAUGACCACCAGGGGGUGCUUCUUCUCCAGGGACCAGUACACCGAGCUGGUGUACAGAGGCCUGACCGACAAGGUUGGCAGGGUCAAGCUCCUCCCCCCCGCCGUCAUCAAGCCACACCCGCUCUGGACUGGUAAACAGGUGGUGUCAACAUUGCUGCUUAACGUUAUACCAAAUCAGGCCCUUCCUCUGAACCUGACGGGCAAGGCUAAGAUCCCCUCCAAGGCCUGGAUCAAGAACCCACCCAGGCCCGUUCCAGGCUACUCUCCUGACACAAUGUGUGACUCUCAGGUGCUGUUCCGCCAGGGGGAGCUGCUGGUGGGGGUGCUGGACAAGGCCCACUACGGCAGCUCGGCCUACGGCCUGGUCCACUGCUGCUACGAGCUCUACGGAGGACAGACGAGCGGCAAGCUGCUCAGCUGUCUGGCCCGCCUCUUCACCGCUUACCUGCAGCUCUACCGGGGAUUUACUAUGGGAGUGGAAGACAUCUUGGUGAAGGAAGGGGCUAACCGACAGAGGAAGAGGAUCAUCCAGGAGUCAUUGAAGUGUGGCACCAAGGCCCUGCAGGCAACGUUCAGUCUGGCGGAGGGGGUGGGGGAGGAGGAGGCGCGGGGACGCUGGCAGGACGCCCACCUCAACCCCGACCAGAGAGACUUCAACAUGGUCGACCUCAAGUUCAAGGAGGUGGCCAAUCAAGUCAACAACGACAUCAACAAGGUGGUGAUGCCUCUGGGUCUGCACUGCUCCUUCCCAGACAACAACCUCCAGCUCAUGGUACAGUCUGGAGCCAAGGGUUCUACUGUCAACACCAUGCAGAUCUCCUGCCUGCUGGGCCAGAUCGAGCUGGAAGGCCGCCGGCCUCCCCUGAUGCCCACAGGGAAGUCCCUGCCCUGCUUCCAGCCCUACGACAGCUCGCCGCGGUCUGGAGGCUUCGUGUCCGGGCGCUUCCUCACCGGCAUCAAGCCCCCGGAGUUCUUCUUCCAUUGCAUGGCGGGGCGCGAGGGGCUGGUGGACACGGCCGUCAAGACCAGCAGGUCUGGGUACCUGCAGAGAUGUGUGAUUAAGCACCUGGAGGGUCUGGUGGUCCAGUAUGACCUGACGGUGAGGGACAGUGACGGCAGCGUGGUCCAGUUCCUGUACGGAGAGGACGGCCUGGACAUCCCCAAGACCCAGUUCCUCCAGUCCAAACAGUUCCCCUUCCUCCAGGACAACUACGAGGUGAUCCGUAAGGCUCGGUGUCUGGACGAGGUCCUGGCCCGCCUGGACCCUCAGGCGGCCGCGCAGCACUUCAGCUCCGUCCAGCGCUGGCGCUCCAAGAGGGAGGAGCCGGGGCCGCGCCAGGGGGCCUUCCUGCUGUUCUCCCAGAAGAAGCUGGCCAAGCUGAAGGCCCAGCUGCAGGGGAGCAGUCUGACCAACGGCAGGGGGAACGCCACGCUGCAGCUGGUGGAUCGCUGGCGGGAACUGGACCCGGCCAGCCUGUCUAAGUACAGCAGGAAGACGUCUCACUGCCCUGAGCCCUGCCUGUCCUGCCUGCGGCCAGACCUGGCCUUCGGCUCUGUGUCAGAGACCUUCCACACCAUCGUAGAGAACUACCUACAGGAAGUCACCUCCCGACAGGAAGCCGGUCCUCGUUCACAGCACCUGGACACUGAUAGACUGCGUCAGCUGCUGCACCUGAAGUGGCAGCGCUCCCUAUGUGACCCCGGCGAGGCGGUGGGUCUGCUGGCGGCACAGAGCAUCGGGGAGCCCUCCACCCAGAUGACCCUGAACACCUUCCACUUCGCCGGGCGCGGGGAGAUGAACGUCACGCUGGGAAUACCCAGGCUGAGGGAGAUCCUGAUGAUCGCCAGCUCCAGCAUCAAGACCCCCAUGAUGAGGGUUCCAGUGUUCAACACCAAGAAGGCCCUGAAGAGGGUGAAGGUCCUGAAGAAGAAGUUGACCCGUGUGUGUCUGACCGAGGUCCUCCACAAGGUGGACGUGCUGGAGACGUUACGCGUGGAGUUGCACAGGAGGCAGAAGUACCGCGUCUUCAAGGUCAAGUUCCACUUCCUCCCUCCUCAGCGUUACCAAGAUGACAAGCUGCUGUCGCCUCAGCAGAUCCUGCGCUACAUGGAGACCAGGUUUUUCCGCCUUCUGCUGGAAGCCAUUAGGAAGCGCAACGCUAAGCUAUCCUCCAUCAACGCUGUGGAAACACGCAAGGCCACAUCCCAAGACAAGGACCAGGACAUGGGGGACUCGGCUGCCAGACUGGAGGCAGCAGAGGGGGAUGCAGAAGAGGAGAGCAGGAUUGUGGAUGACGAGGGGAACGAGGGAGACGCCGACGCCUCGGAUGCUAAACGGAGAGAGAAACAAGAGGAGGAGGUGGACUAUGAGAGUGAGGAGGGCGAAGGAGGGGAGGAGGAGGACGAGGAGGAGGGGGUGGAGAGAGAGGAGCAGGUGGAGGAGCAAUCCCCCCAUGAGGAGGACGCGAGCCUUGACUCUGCUGCUGCUGAGGUAGGAGGAGCAGGAGCAGGCAACACAGCCGGAAGAGAGCCCAUGAACAGUGAGAUGGACAUGAUGAGGGUGAAUGCAGUUCUAGAAAGCAGUACCUCCAUAGAGGACUACAGCUACGACACCCGGGACGGACUCUGGUGUGAGGUGACAAUAGUGUUGCCGGUUGCCAAGGUUCACUUCGACCUCACCUCGUUGGUGGUGUCGCUGGCCCAAAAUGCCGUCGUCGUGGAGACCAAGGGGAUCACUAGGUGUCUACUGAGCGAGGUCACGACGCGUCAGGGUGCCAAGGAGACCCUGCUCAACACCGAGGGCAUCAACAUGCAUGAGCUAUUUAACCAUAGUGAUAUUCUGGAUGUGACCCGUCUCUACUCCAACGAAGUGCAUGCCAUGGCCAACACCUACGGCAUCGAGGUGGCUCUCCGUGUCAUCGAGAAGGAGAUCAAAGAUGUCUUCGCUGUCUACGGAAUCGAGGUGGACCCCAGACACCUGUCCCUUGUAGCAGACUACAUGUGUUUCGAGGGCGUCUACAAACCACUCAACCGCUUCGCCAUUCAGUCCAACUCCUCCCCCCUUCAGCAGAUGACCUUCGAGACCAGUUACAAGUUCUUAAAGCAAGCCACCAUGCUGGGUUCCAGUGAUAAGCUGCGUUCACCGUCAGCCUGUCUGGUUGUGGGUAAGGUGGUCAAAGGAGGAACUGGUCUCUUUGACCUAAAACAGCCAUUGCAAUAAAUAGCCUAUUAUGCAAACUACACCACAGUCAGUAAUGUUGAUGUCAUGCAAAGGGUGUUAUUCUGCCUGACUCAUGUUGUUUCAGGAGAUGAAGAGAGAGGAUGGUUUUUGCAAUGAAUUUAUUUUGUGUGUUAUUAUUUGGGGGGGUUGUUGAGUUUUUAGUCUUGUUGACAAAUACUGUGAUCGUGGCUUGAGUAAUUGAUAUCUGUAAAACAUGUUUCCAUAUUUCCACCGUUAUUUUAGUCAGGUUCAUCAAGGGGCUGUUACAUUUUAUUUCUUUUGGCAGAAUAAAAACACACAAAACAGUCUGCAUAUAGUCCACAUACACAAGAUAUCCAGCAAUGGUAUAAUGUUUUUGGAAAUAAACUGUUUCUCAUGUU